AUGUCAAUGCGUCCUGUGAUCUUGAAGCCUAGAAUAAAGCAAACUGCAACCAUGAUAUUCCUCCAUGGUUUGGGGGAUACAGGCCAUGGUUGGGCUGGGAUACUGAACACUCUCCGUCCUGAUCAUCUCAAGGUAAUCUGUCCCACAGCCCCUGUAAUUCCUAUAACAUUAAACCUGGGGUUCCGAAUGCCGGCCUGGUUCGAUCUGGAAUCUCUAGACAAUCUGGAACAGGAAACUGAUAUCGAGGGCCUUAAGAAAUCCGCGAAAACUGUUUAUGGACUGAUAGAGGAUGAGAUCCGUAGUGGGAUUCCUAGUAAUAAAAUCAUCAUCGGAGGCUUCUCACAAGGUGCUGUUCUAGCUCUUUACUCCGCUCUACACUGUGAAAAACCUCUUGCCGCUUGUAUUGCACUCUCAACCUUCUUUCCUGAAGCAAGAUUACCAGAUCCAAAUCUGCUUUAUAACAAGGGUAAACAUAAGAACCUAACAAUUGUGAGACCAUUUUAUUAA